AUGAAAAAUCAUCAGUCCCGGCCCACUGGUUCCAGUCCGUUCCCUGAAGCGAACGUGACAUUUUCUGAACUAGGCCGAGGACGUGGUAGACGCCGUGGACGUGGUCGCGGUCGUGAGAGUCAACGCGGUCGAUAUACCCCUUACAAUCGCCGCAGUUUUGACGUUAACAGGAUGCAGAGUAAACCCCAACAUGGGGAUAUAGCCGAAAAGGCUAAACAGGGAAAGAGGCAAAUCGGCAGUUGUAAUCGGUGUGGCAUUAAAGGUCAUUGGAAAAAGGGGAAGGAAGUCGAGACUAAUCACGUUGAUAAUGAUGACGACCCCGAUGAUGAUCUUUUGGAUUACGACACAACGCAUCUUGAUAUAGCGGAUUUUGUCGUAGAUCCAGCAAACCCCCAGUGA